GGAGUAGGGAAGGGGAACAAGCGCGAAUGGCACAAAUGGAACAUGAUAAAAAGGGGCGCGUGCUUCAGAGAACCAGCAGACAACGGUGGACCAGCACGACCGCAUCAGUGCGUGGGACAGCGAACACACCUCCGGCCGACAGUCUGCUGACGUGAGUUCCCAGCAGUCUUUUCACCACUGGCUCAAGAAGAAGAAGAGCUUCAGCUGCGUACUGCUGAGGCUGCCCAGACCAGGAGGAGCAGGAAAGAGCUGCUUUUUACCAGGAGAGGAUCAAAGAGUGGCUGAACAUCCCUCAGCAUGAAGAAAAGCAGGAGUGCACAGGGGGUUACACCAGGCGACGAGAAUAAGGAGCCCCCUGUGGGACACAUUUUGGCAGGCAGCACACUCGGGGUGGAAGUGUACAAAGUCCAAAGGCGCUUUUCUGGCAACCUGCAGCUGCCUCCGUUGUCAUGGCGACAGGCGGAAAUGGAGCGGGACAGGGGCAGGUCCCCGACACCUGAAGAUGAUCCAUUGACCCGCAGCAGACCCACAAGCCUGCCCAUCUACUCGCUGCCCCGCAUCGACAUCACAAAGGCUGACCCCGACAGUUUUGAAGCUGAGAAUGGCCCGUCGUUGUGCUGCAGUCCCUCAGACCCGCAGGCGUCCCCGGGCUCCGGUCUGGUUCUCCACCCCAAUCAGGCGUGCCAUGGCCAGCGGCGGGAGUCCUUCUUGUACCGCUCCGACAGCGACUACGACCUAUCGCCCAAGUCCUUGUCUCGAAACUCCUCCAUUGUUGGAGAACUGCACGGAGAAGACCUGAUUGUGACUCCAUUUGCUCAGGUUUUGGCAAGCCUCCGGACUGUCAGGAACAACUUCACCACCUUGACAAAUGUACAAUGUGUAUCCAAUAAGAGGUCUCCUGCAGUGAAUCAGCCUUCUUUUGCCAAAGUCUGUUUGUCAGAUGAGUCCUACCAGAAGCUGGCUAUGGAGACCAUGGAGGAGCUGGACUGGUGUCUGGACCAGCUGGAGACCAUCCAGACCUACCGCUCUGUCAGCGACAUGGCCUCCAACAAGUUCAAGAGGAUGCUGAACCGGGAGCUAAGCCACCUGUCUGAGAUGAGUCGCUCGGGCAACCAAGUGUCCGAAUACAUCUCCAACACCUUCCUAGACAAGCAGAAUGAGUUGGAGCUUCCAUGUCCGGUUCCCAAGUCGAGGGAAAGGAAGAGGAGGCAGAGCCACCAGCAGCAGCAGCAGCAGCAGCAGCAGCAGCAGCAGCAACAGCAGCAGUGUGGGAUGAUGACCCAGAUCAGUGGGGUGAGGAAGGUCAGCCACACGCCAAGCUGCUCCGGAGGCACUGGGAACCGCUUCGGGGUCAAGACGGACCAGGAGGAACUGCUGUCCAAGGAUCUGGAGGACAUCAACAAAUGGGGCCUGAACAUCUUCAAAGUGGCCGAGCACUCCCACAACCGGCCGCUCACAUGCAUCAUGUACACCAUCUUCCAGGAGCGAGACCUGAUGAGGACGUUCAAGAUUCCGACGGACACCUUUGUGACGUUCAUGCUGACCUUGGAGGGCCACUAUCACUCGGACGUGGCCUACCACAACAGCCUGCACGCCGCUGACGUAGCCCAGUCCACACACAUCCUCCUGUCCACCCCCGCACUGGAUGCGGUCUUCACAGAUCUGGAGAUCUUGGCAGCCAUUUUCGCUGCAGCCAUUCACGACGUGGACCACCCAGGAGUGACCAACCAGUUCCUCAUCAACACCAACUCCGAGCUGGCUCUGAUGUACAACGACGAGUCGGUGCUGGAGAACCACCACCUCGCUGUGGGCUUCAAACUGCUGCAGGAGGAAAACUGUGAUAUCUUCCAAAACCUCACCAAGAAGCAGAAGCAGUCUCUCCGGAGGAUGGUCAUAGACAUGGUAUUAGCAACUGACAUGUCCAAACACAUGAGCCUGCUAGCUAAUCUGAAGACGAUGGUGGAGACCAAGAAGGUGACCAGCUCUGGAGUCCUGCUGUUGGACAACUACACCGACAGAAUGCAGGUUUUGCGUAACAUGGUGCACUGUGCCGACCUGAGCAACCCCACCAAGCCUCUGGAGCUGUACCGGCAGUGGACAAACAGGAUCAUGGAUGAGUUCUUCCACCAGGGAGACCGAGAGAGGGAGAGGGGGAUGGAGAUCAGUGCCACGUGCGACAAACACACAGCUUCUGUUGAGAGAACACAGGUUGGCUUCAUCGAUUACAUUGUCCACCCUCUGUGGGAGACGUGGGCCGACCUGGUCCACCCCGACGCUCAGGACAUCCUGGACACGCUGGAGGACAACAGGAACUGGUAUCAGAGCAUGAUCCCCCAGAGCCCCUCCCCUCCCUUCUACACCAGCGACGGGGAAGGCGGACCACAAGGGGAGCUGGAGGGGGCACCUGGGGCGAAUAAAUUUCAGUUUGAGCUGACGCUGGACGACCAGGAUGGACAGAGUGAAGAGAGCCCCAUGAUGGAGAUGUCAGACGGUGUCAUACUCCAAGACCACGAUCAAGGCGGGGUUGAAACUUGUGACGAUUCCCCAGCGGAGACAUAGCCUGAACUGAUGGUGUUUGCGGAGUGCAGCAAGUUUUGGCUGAAAAAAUAAUUUAAUUGCAGUAGAGCAAUCCUGCAAUCUGGCUCAUCGGAGCUUCCUGGCACAGAGGGCCUGACUGAAUGUGGGGCACCCCUGCAAACAAGGCUUGGAAACCCUGUGGCAGUUUGUUUUUGAGCCCCCUGAAGAGGGAGCUUGAAGAAGUCCUGAUUCUUUAAGGGAGGGACUUACUGUCAAAGAGGAGGGGCUGAAUCGAAGAAGAUGAAGUGGACAAUAUGUAUCUGUGUACUGGGACUAGUCAAAAUUACAAACUUGCACUUCAGGACGUUUUUUAUGUUCAUUUCGAUUCUUUGUGUCGGGAUUGGAUGCGACCCGGUGAAAGCGUCCAACCAAAAGCUACUGAAGAGCAAGUUCUUUGGACCCAAGUAGUUUUAUUUUUUUUCUAACACUUUUUAAGUUUUGUGCCUUUUUUUUACACAACCGUGUCCUUUUUUAUAAUUUAUUGAACACAUUCAUAUAGCUGUACAAUGUGUCCACUUUUUGUACAAGAAGGACACAUUUGUCUCUCAGUCUUCCUAACGUUCUGGCAAUAGUAUACGCUUCACUAUAGUGGAUGCAUUUCUAAAAAUCACACGACUUCCCAGCACAAUCUGCACUUUGUGGCGUAAGACCAACAGAGCAUCAGUAUUUUACAAUAUACUAAACACGUGAAACCAAAAUCAUUUGAUUUAUUCAGUCAUUUCACAAGGAAUUUAAUACAUUUCAAAACGUAUUCCUUGAGAGUGGAAAUACAUUUUGUAUCUAUGAGUCCAAAAAUAUGUAAAGAAUAACUUCCAAAGAUCCUGUAGAAAGCACUUUGAGGAUUUCACUGCUUAGAGAAAAGUCCUAAUCCUACUCCCUAUGUUACAAAGCUGGAUGAAGAGUUCAGGCAAAUCAAAGUGAAUUAUUUAGUGACAUUUCACCCAAAAUAUCGAAGAAAGGUAAACCAACUUGUAUGUGUUUAUCCGACAAACAGUUGACGUUAAAAUGAUUCAGGUCAUGUUCAAAUAUCGUACGAAAACUGGGUUUAAGUUAAAAAAUCUCCUGAAAUCGUGCUGAACUAUCCCCGAACAAAAGAUCUGUUUCCACCGUGUAACUUCCUCCGUUUCAUUAGCUCACAGUCUCAUAAUCAGGCUUCACACCGUGAACAGAUUUACACUUUGAAUGACUGUCAGACUGUGUGCACACUUUUAAAAAGGCACCUGUUAGUAAUACAAUAAUCCUCUCCUGUAGUUUUUUUUAUCCAGCACUUUGAAUAUGUCGACAUUUCCGGCAGCUGGUUGCCAAUAUGUCCAACACUACCUUAAAGGUACCACGAUGUAAGGUGCAACCUUCAGAAUAAAGGAUGGGGGGUGGAUAUCCCCUGUGUGUGUGUGUGUGUGUGUGUGUGUGUGUGUGUGUGUAAGCGGUCGCAGAGUUGUGCCGACACCUUCAGCUGUUUGUAACAGUGUAUUUAUUAUCUUUCUCCUUGUAUAUGAUAUUGAUUGUUAAUAUUACCUGAUAUUUGUUAUUAUUUAUAUGCACUACCGCACGUCAAGUCACACUUUGACUGAACUCGUCUGGUGGUUCCUGUUUUAUUGUAUUUAGCAUUUUUGCUAUAAGACCGUAACAUGAAGUUAUGCAGCUCAAUUCUGACGAUUUAAAAUGUGUUUUGAAGUUGCUGCCAGAGACGUUUUGUACAGCGUGACAAAGUCAUUGAAGUCAGGCUGUUUUUUGUUUUCGUUGGAGGGUUGUGAAGGACGGAUAUUUGCUGCAGUGUAUUGCGUACGGUGACGGGUCAUUGUACAGCUAUAGGAAUAUUUGCUGAAAUAUACAAGACAUUGUUUUGAAAUAUAUUUUUUCAGUGUUUUUCCUCACAAUAUAUUGUACUAUGUUGUAUGUUGUGCUCAACAAAUGUUUUCUAUCAGAUUAUUAAAAUGGGCAUGUAUUAUACAA